AGAGCUGUAGAUGUUGAUAUCACAGAUGGGACUCUACCCCCUUUGACUGAACCUCCCAAUGCAACAGCUAUUCUGGACAAAAUGUUUUUCAACUACGACAAAAGACUCAGGCCUAUGUAUGGAGGUAAGAUUGAUUCUCAGGUGAUCCAGAAAUAACUUCUCUCUCUUGAUCAAAGCAGAAGAUCACUCUACUCCAAGAUGCAGCGAGAAAAAAAAAUACAAGAAAUACUCUUCACGACCAAAUGCAUGCAUUUGUUCUGAUCAUAAAGUUCCGACUGAAAGAGGUUCGCUUCUUAUACGCGCACAGCUAAUAUUUGUGCCAUUCAAAGCUUUCCUCGGCGACUGAAGGUGAAAAUAUACAUAUCAUCGAAAAGUGAGAAAGUAUUGACAGUUACAGAUAACUACUUUUACAGAUUUAUGUUAAAGAUGCGAGCUCAGAGAGACUCAGAGAACCUUGUAAUGCCUGUUGUUAUCAUCACUUCUCCCUCAAAAUCAGAAAUUGAUUGUGGGUGGCAAUAUUCCAUACAUUCGUGAGGUCAAAAAAAAAAUAAAAUGUUGGCAAUGAUCGAUGUGAAACGCUUUGAAAAUCGAAUGAAUAGAGGGGGUAAGUUUCUGAAGAAACUGUGGUGUUGCGUAGGUAGGCAAAUAUGUCUAGAUAAUUUGGUUUUAUCAACUGAUUCAUUCGCUCUGACGACAGGCUAACGCUCGAAAUGUCAGCUUUGAAACUCUUUGCGGUGGCCGAUUUACAUCAUCAACUCAGUUGAUAGAACCAAAUGUUUACUUUAAAGAUCGGCUUGUCAAGUCUAUGGCUUUUCUCCUCCCUCUGUUUAAAACUGCUAAAGAUGACACCAUUUUCACUGCUGUUUUUAGGAGAUCCUGUUUACAUCUACGUAUCGCUGGGUUUCCUCUCCAUAAGCCAUGUGACGGAGGAAAAUAUGGUAACUAGAUUGCUUUAGUUACGUAGCUACCACGGACAUCUAUUCAAUGAUUUCAGGGUAUUGUGAAGACUUCAUUACCUGAGCCCCGAGUAAACUACAAUUAAUUACGAGUUAUCCUUCGCGUUAUUCUUUAGUGACAGUAACCGUUAGAAGGAGAUUGGUUAAAAGCAGACUGAAGCAAAUCAACUUUCAUUUAGUCAGUGAGGAGGCUCAAGUGAGGCCGCAAACACCUAGAGGAUCUCACAUCUUUUUAAACGAUGCAAUCACUCGUGAAAGUAUACAGCAAUGCUCGUUGACGAAUUCUUUUUUUGACAACAGGAAUUUAAGGGGGACAUCUACAUGCGCCAGUUCUGGAAGGAUCCACGAUUGGCCUACGGUGACAAGAACUGGACAUUAAUCCUUCAAGGAGAUAUUCUCAAUAAGAUGUGGUUUCCAGAUACGUAUAUCGAGAACGCUAAAAAAACAACCAUCCACGAUGACACAAGAACAGUUAUUGUGUUCGGAGACGGAAACGUGUUUUAUUCCGUAAGGUACAACGUGAGUUGGAAAUCGUUGAAGAGAAUUGGCUUCGCGGAUAAUAACCUUACUUUAAAUAAGGAUGAAAACGGAUGAAUAAGAUGACCAAUGUAUAUCUGUGUUUUUGUUUCAGGGUCACAGUGAAUGCUAUGGGAUUAAUGGAUUUCAAAAACUACCCAAUGGAUGUCCAGCUAUUUUUCUUCAGAGUACUAAGUUGUAAGCAGAAACAGAUAUCUUUCCAUCUUUUAUUGCGCUUAUUGCUCACCAGUGCAUCAGAAAACGUCAGAAAUAAAUAAAUGUUUGAUGAUACUUUCUGAUGAUGACCAUCAGAAAUGUUGACGUAAUCGUAUCGAUGGUGAUUAACAUUAAUGAUGUUAAUAGGACCGAGUGGAGUCCAGUUCGGUCUGUAAUUACUCAAGUGAUUACAAAAUCAAACAACCGCGAAGCAUGAGUCCGAUUUGUCAAUCACGAGUAUGAUUACAGUACGAAUUGGACGACACUAAGUCCUGUUACCCAUUAAUCAUAACCAUUACAAUUUCCAGAAAAAAGUGCAGUUCUUUGAAAAAAUAUAUCCGGUAGAGGCAUUAUCUUAAAUAAAACAUUUCAAUCUCCAUUUUGAAAACCCAAAGUAAGCUUAAUAACAGCAAAAUGUGCCCAUAUUGGCAGUGAAACGUUCAAUUAACAAAUUAGUUUUGUAUCUGAUUGGCAAAUCAACACAACAUCAAAUCCAAACAAAUCAGGUGAAACUAAACAAAAUUUUUGAAAGGAGAUGUUAUUCAGUGAAUGACAGAGGCGAGCUUGGAGAAAAAGAACUCUGAGUUCUCCCGAUAGGGUUCAAACCUACGACCUUCCGAUUAGCACGUCAGAUGCUGUACCACUGAGCUAUAGGGGAAUCAAGACAAGCUGGGCCGUUCAACGAUGUCCAUGAUGACAAACUUCCUGCAUGCUCCUAAGAUAGGAACGUGGAUAUGUAAAGCUUAUGUGCAAUUCACUAUCUUCAUUUACAUCAUCAACAAAAUGCAUAUGCAGUUCUGAAAACCUUUAUACAAAUAAGAUGCAUCGACCGUAUUCAUUAAUUGAUGAAACCUUUUAAAUUUUCUUUUAGACGGUUUUGACAUCACUCAGAUACGAUAUAAAUGGAUUGAUGUGUCGCUUUACAGUACAGACAUGGCAGAAUUCUUCGUCAUGAAUCAAACACUUGCUAGUGACAAGGUUAAAUAUAUGAUAGGCAAGUAUUGUUUUCUUCGUCAAUGGAACAGUUGAUAAUAUCAUAUUUUGACGGCUGCAUCGCUCUCGAAAUGGGUAUAGUCUGAGUCUAGCUUGAUGGUUUCAGCUCAAAUCGCUCAUGUUGUGUUCUUGGUUAAUACACUUCUUCUACCAGCACCACUCUCCAUCCGGACUGAUGGUGUUAAAGUUAGGUUUCCACCAGCGGAUUAUCUGGGAAACCAUGGAUUAGAUAGUUACCUAAAGGGGGAACCUCUCUCCAUUUAAGCUGGAAACUCCCAAAGACUGAAAUGUAUAUUCUAAUAUUUCUUCCUACCAUCCUUAUUUAAUCAAAACUUUGAACUUGAUUCGAUUUUGGAAGCUCAAUUUGAUAACUUAGAGGUUAAUUGCACACAUCAUGCUUCUAAUUAGACUGUACGAAAUGCAAGUUUCCCCGUCAUGCUUGCGGAUGAUAUUAUUCGGAUCGAGGGUUCAUUUUCUCAUGAAAGAAAUCUCAACUGUUCUAAUUGAUGGAUAAAUUAUUCCAAUAAUCAUUUCGUCUCCGAACUUUUGUCAAAAUGAUCAGACUCGUAAUUAACGAAUCGAACUUCCAUUUCGGGGCUGUCUCAGUUUGAUAAUCACUCUCAUUAUCAUAGUCACCUUCACUGCCACUAUACGAAAUGUUACGCAACUCUCCCCUAGAGAGUUUUCUUGAGGGAACGUUUCGUAAUAUUUCAAAGAGAGGCUGAGAAGGAGAGUGGUGAGACCAAAGCCUUCCAUCGUUCCUACUACCGAUUUUAAUUCUGAACAAUUUUGCAGGUUGGUUCGACUAUCUUGACGUCAACUUCCACGUUCGAAGAAGGAUCGGCCAUUACGUCAUACGCAUAUUCUUUCCCUGCAUCCUUUGCACAGUUGUAUCGUGGCUUCCAUUCUGGAUGGAUAGGGGCGAGAUCGGUGAUCGUGGUGCUCUAGGCAUUACAACGCUGCUGACAGAAGUCUUCCUCUUGCAAUACACCAAUGACUCCAUGCCACGAGUCAGCUACGUAAAAGCCGCUGAUCUGUUUUUGAUUGUCUCUUUUGCUUUUACCUUUAUGGCUUUACUGGAAAGCGUAAUCGUAUACAACUACAAAAAGAGAUUUUUCAUAGCGGAAAGCGCUCAAUCAAAAUCGCUGACUGGUGGAAGAACGUUUUUUCGUAAACGUGCUUUCAAAGUUGACGAGGUUAGUUAAAGUGUUUUUGUAAUUUGAAAUAAGUUGUAGGAUUUACUGCCGACCUGUGUUCAUGACACUCCUUGACUCAUCAUUACCAUAUGCCAACAUGAUUUACCAUCUAUAACUAUUUAUUUUAUUCCAAAAGUAUUUGUUUUAUAUAUAUGAUAUUUUUGUUCGCCGCUGUUAUUCCAGUGCGAUAGACUGCUAUUUGAAAUUCAUUUAUUUUCAGGUUCGUAAGGCAGACACUGUCCACAUAAAUGGCUCAUAUAUUAACCCGGCAGUACAUGCUGAGGUGAGAAAAACAUGAUUUAUGAUAUUUGCGCCAAGGUGUCCAUCUGUAUGUCUGUCAUUUACAGGUAUUAUGUUGACCAGUUGUCAUUCACAUAAUGGUCGAACUGUUUCUCUGGUCGUCUGUUAAUCCGUCUGACAUAUAUAAUGCAUCUGUACACGUCCUUACACUCUAACGAGGGGGCUAACUCUCGGAAUCCCAUAUUUAGAAACUCUUUAGUUGGCCGGUUCACAUUAUCAACUUAAUUCAUAAAGCCAAACUAUCUUGUCUGUCCAUCUGUUCGUUAUUGUAUUCUGUUUCCGCGCUUAAUGCACAGGGAUGUCUGAUUAUCUUUCGACCAUUCGUCUCUUAACGACGAUGGUACAAUGAAAUGCCGUUACACAGUUGUGCAAUGAAGUAUAGAAAGUCACUCUUUAGUCGUUACUUAUUUUCAAUUUAUAGCAAGAAGACCUAGCAAGUCCAUUACCCGAACUUCAAGAAACUAAAGCCCCUUGGAAAGAACCAGAGGAUGAAAAGCAGAAUUUUCCCAAAUGUUCCGUGCUGUCAAAAUCAAAAAUCUACAGCUACUUCACCUGCGUCAAGAGUAAUUUUACAAAGAACGAUCUUAGUUUUUUCAUCGAGAUGUCCUCCCGUAUUUUGUUUCCCCUCAUGUAUAUCGGAUUUAUCGCCUUUUUCUUCGGAAAAUAUGGAAUAUAA